UGCUUGUUCACGCUAUUAAUAUCGCUGUCUCGCACUCUCACUCUCUCCCAAAAAUCCCAACAAACACAAACAGCACACACUCAAAUCUCUCUUUCUCUGUGUCUGAAGCUGGACAAAGUAAGAACCUUCUCUGUAAAGAUUCCCUGCUCUCGCUUCCACAUUAAGCACCUGCAGAUCCGUCAAUUGGGUUUGGAUCGGGGGUGUUCUCUUUGAUGAGUGCAUUUUGAUAUUUUUUUUUUUCUGGUUUUGGCGUUUUGAUAAGGUAUAUGCUUCGUUGAAGCAGAUGCCUUAUUUCUUUUCAAAGUGAUUCUGGAGGAUCUUAUCCGGUUCCAAACUGUUAUGCAGCUGAUGAUAGAUUGAUUUUUUAGUAAUGUCGAGGAUCACUAGAUGGAAGCUUGAGAAAACAAAAGUUAAAGUGGUCUUCCGGCUACAAUUCCAUGCUACACAUAUUCCACAAUCAGGAUGGGAUAAACUUUUUAUAUCUUUCAUUCCUAGUGAUUCUGUAAAAGCAACAGCAAAGACGACCAAAGCCAAUGUGAGAAAUGGGACCUGUAAGUGGGCAGAUCCCAUCUAUGAGACUACUAGACUUCUCCAAGAUAAUAAAACCAAGCAGUACGACGAAAAGCUCUACAAGUUUCUUGUCGCAAUGGGUUCAUCACGGUCUAAUAUACUUGGUGAGGCUGUGAUUAAUCUUGCUGAUUAUGCUGAUGCAUUGAAACCUUCUGCUAUUGCUCUGCCCCUCCAUGGAUGUGAUUCUGGCACUAUAUUACAUGUCACUGUGCAGCUGCUUACUUCGAAAACUGGUUUCAGAGAGUUUGAGCAGCAGAGAGAAAUUAGAGAAAGGGGAUUGCAGAAUGACCAAAAUACUCCUGAUGAAUCCUCUGGUCGAAAAUUAUCUUCAUCAGAAGAGACUGUCAGUGAUCAUAUAGCUAAGGUAAAUCAAAGAGUCAGAUUCAAAGAAAAAUCCAAAGAUCUUGCUUCAGUUGAGGAAGAGGUGCGAACGAAUGAAGAAUAUGCAGAUUCAGCUGUCGGAUUUGAUGGGUCUUCCAAUACUUCAGAAAGUUUAUAUGCUGAGAAGCAUGAAACCUCCAGCACGCAUGAAAUUGAUAGCCUUAGGAGUACUGUCUCUGGUGAUUUAGCUGGACUGCAGAAAGGGGAUCCUUCUGAUCAUCAGUUUUCAGUGCAGGGGACCAAUGAUUGGGUUCAUGGCUGGAGUUCAGACUAUUCUGUGGAUAAUGACUUGGCAGCUACUUAUGAAGAGAACAGCAGGCUUAGAGGAAGCUUGGAAGUAGCUGAGUCAUCAAUUCAUGAGCUUAAAUUGGAGGUAAGCUCGUUACAGAGUCAUGCCAAUGAAAUAGGUCAAGAAGCACAAAAAUUUGCUAUGCAACUUGCUGCUGAGAUUGAUUCUGGACAAGAGCUGGUAAAAGAGGUAUCUGCGCUGAAAUCUGAGUGUUCAAAGUUGAAAGAUGAUCUUGAACAGCUAACGCUUUCAAAAUUAUGCCCUCCAUUUAGCACCAGAGAAGCUAUUGUAGCAGAACAGGAUCACAUAAUUCAAGAUUUACAGCUCAAAUGGCUAAAGGAGCUUUUAGCCAUGGAGGAUAAUAUAAGAGACAUUCAAAACAAGGCACGCUUUGGUGGUUAUGAUGAAAGGGACUUAAGAUUCCUUCACUCAGACAUAGAAGCAUUGCUUGACAUCAUGCAGAAUCUUAAACAAGCAAGUGGACUAGCAGUUUCCAGUCCCAACUUGAUUUCCUCUGAAGGAGCAAGUCUGAAAGAGAUAAGAGAAACGAGUUUACAUAAAAAUGGCCAGUUUGCAGCUGGAACAGGGUUUGACGUGGACUUGUAUCAGUCCGAGCUUCGCAUGCUUCAUUCUCUUAACAUACCUGGUCUGAUCUCUCAUGAAUCUGAUACUGUAGAUACUAUCAAUGCAAUGAAAAGUAAAAUUUUUGAACUUCUGAGAGAGUUGGAUGAGUCAAAAGCAGACCGGGAGGGACUUGCGAAGAAAAUGGACCAGAUGGAGUGUUACUAUGAAGCCCUUGUCCAAGAACUCGAGGAAAAUCAAAGUCGGAUGUUGCAGGAGUUGCAAAAUCUCAGAAAUGAGCACUCAACUUGCUUGUAUACAGUCUCAUCCACUAAGGCUGAGAUGGAGUCCAUGCGUCAAGACCUGAAUGACCAAAUAUUAAGACUUGCGGAAGACAAACAAGAUAUGGAUUCCCUCAACAAAGAGCUUGAAAGAAGGGCUAUAACUGCAGAAGCUGCACUCAAAAGGGCACGCUUAAAUUAUUCUAUUGCCGUGGACCAGUUACAGAAGGACCUUGAACUUCUUUCUUUCCAGGUAUUAUCUAUGCAUGAGACAAACGAGAACCUGAUCAGGGAAGCCUUUGUUGAUUUUUCACAACCAAGUGCUCGGGGAUCUGAUUCUGGGGAACAUGCAGCAAAAUUCUUGCAGUUUCAAAAUCAAUCAGUUGGGAUAAGGAAACAGCAAUUGGGUGGAGAUAUUCUUUUAGAUGAUUUGAAAAGAUCACUCCACUUGCAGGAAGGCCUUUAUAGGAAGGUUGAAGAAGAAGUUAGUGAAAUGCAUUUUGUGAAUAUCUACUUGGAUGUGUUUUCAAAGGCUCUCCAGGAAACUUUACUUGGUGCAAGCGAAGAUGUUCAACUCAUGAAAGGGAAAGUGAAUGAGCUUACACAGCAACUAGAGUUUUCAGCUGAGUCGAAGGAGUUUCUGGUGCAAAAGCUGCAGACUGCAGUUGGUGAUGUUCGAUCCCUCCAUGAGUACAAUGCUACCUGUAUUGCAAAGUGCAAUGAUAUGGCUCUACAGAAACAACAAUUGGAAGCUAAUUUGCAUGAUGUAAUCCAUGAAAAUGAUCUUCUUGUGCAGAAGAUUAGUGAAUGGGAAUCUCAAGUGAUGCAGUACAAGGGUUAUGAGAACAAAUAUGAGGCCUGUUUUGCAGAGAAAGCAGAGUUGGAAUUCUUAUUGGAAAAGAAAACCCUAGACAAUGGGAUUCUUCAAAAUGAAAACUUCUCUUUGCAGGAUGAGUUGAAAACUGUCAAAAUUAAGUUUGAUGAGCAGGUUUGUCAGAACGAAAACCUGCAGAAUAUUGUUAACUUUCUGCAAAAUAAAUUGCAAAACUUAUUGGCGUCAUAUGUAAAAAAUGUCAGUGCAAUGCCUUCCUUGAAUGAAUCUGACAGUCAGGGCUUAACAAAUGUUCUGAUGCAACUGGAAGAGGUUCAGCGUAAUGCAUGUGAAAAGAUUCUCCAACUGGUAGAAGAGAAGGAAUGUCUUAUGCAACAAAGAGAUGCUGCGCUCCAGUCCUUUACUGCAGCUGAAUCUGAGAUAACAUUGAUGAAACAGAAGUUUGAACAUGAAAUAAAGAGUAUGAUGGGUAAAUUAGAUGUGUCAAAUGUCAUGUUGCAGAAGCUUCAGUUAGAUAUUGAGGCUUUCAGCAAUAGAUUCAAGGUUACCUCUGAACUUGAAGAAAAAUAUGCAGAGCAGCACAAUGAGCUUUUCUCUGAUCUUGAUCAUUUAGAAGUUGGGCUACAGGAACUUAAUUCUAAGAAUGGGCACCUUGCUCGUGAAAUCUUGGCUUUAGAGACUCUGAUGGCUGGGGAACUUACUACGGAAAAUGACACUUUAAUGGCAUCUUUACAGGAUAAAAAUGAUGAAUGCACCAAGCUUGCAUCAGAACUGAAGAGUUUGAAAGAAAGUUUGCAAUCUCUGCAUGAUGAAAACAAAACUUUGAUGACAUCAUUGGAAGAUAAGACAGAGGAAUCUGCCAAACUUGCUGUGGAGCUUAAUAGUAUGAAAGAAACUUUGCAGUCUCUGCGUGAUGAAAAAGAAGCUUUGACUGUGUCGAUGGAGGAAUCCAAGAAUCUUGCAUCAGAGCUAAAGAUUUUGAAAGAAAGUUUGCAAUCUUUGCAUGAUGAAAACCAAGUUUUGAUGGCAUCCUUGCAGUGUAAAACCGAGGAAUCUGCUGAACUUGAACUGGAGCUUAGCGCUUUGAAAGAACAUUUGCAGUCUCUGCAUGAUGAGAAAAAAGCUCUGAUUACGUCUUCACAGGAAAAGAUGGAGGAAUGUGUGCAUCUUGCAUUGGAGCUAAACCAUUUGAAAGAAAGUGUGCAGUCUCUACGUGAUGAAAAUCAAGCUUUGGUGGCUUCUUCACAGGAUAAAACUAAGGAAACUGCCAAGCUUGCUUCAGAGAUAAAAAUCUUGAAAGAGAGUUUGCAUUCCAUGCAUGACGAAAAUCAAGUUUUAGCGGUAUGCUCACAGGAAAAAUCUGAGGAAUCGUCCAAGCUUAAAUCAGAUUUAGACAGUUUGAGAGAACGUUUGCUAUCUCUGCACAAUGAAAACCAAGCUUUGAUGGUGUCUUCACGGGAUAAAACUGAUGACUCUGCCCAGCUUGCUUCAGAGCUGAACAGUCUCAGAGAAAGUUUACAAUCUCUAAGUAAUCAAUUGCAUUCUGAGAGAACCUUCAGAGAGAGUUUAGAGAGUAAAAUUACAGAACAGACUUCACAAUUAAAUGAGAAGGAUUGUCAGUUGCUUCAUCUCGAGAAAUCAAUGUCAGAUUUAGAAUCAGAGCAAUCGAGAGUUUGCAUCCUUUUGUCUCACUAUGAGGACAGUCUUAAAAGUGCUCGAGAAGAGUGUUCUUCAAUUUCUGGACUUGAAAAUGAGUUAUGCGAAAUGCAUGAACUUUUAGUAGCUGCAGAUAUCAGACUGAUUUUCACAAAAACUCAGUAUGAAGGCAGGGCUGAAGAGCUGGUUUUGCAGCUUUGCACCUCAGGUAGGCAUCUUGCUGAACUUCAGAAGAAGCAUCAUGAUGUAGAAACAACCCUAAAUCGUUGUCUUGCCAGUGAAGCCCAGUACAUUGAAGAGAAUACCAAGUUAUUGAGAAGUCUUAAUUCCACAAGAUCUGAGAUAGAGGCAUCUAUGGCUGAAAAUAGGUUACUUCUUGAGGCAAACAGAGUUACAACAGCUGACCUUGAGGAGCACAAGUGUCAAGCUCAAAAUGUUAGGCUUAAUAACUCUGAGGAUAAAAAUGACCAUUCUACGGAGACUGAAAAGCUGAAGCACACUUUAGUGAGUUCUGAAGAGGAGAUUGAUAAUCUGGUCUUCUCCAAGGAAGAACUAGAAGUAAAAGCUCUAGUACUCAAGGCCAAAUUGGAAGAACAACAGGAUCAUAUAAUUGCAAUGGAAGGAUAUUCUAAUGAGUUAAUAAUGCUGAAAAAACAGUGUAAUGAGCUAAACCAGAAGCUUGCUGAACAGAUUUUGAAGACAGAAGAAUUUAGAAGUUUGUCUGUCCAUUUGAAGGAACUUAAAGAUAAAGCUGAUGCGGAGUAUAUCCAGGCUCAUGAAAAAAGAGAACUUGAAGCACCACCAGUUGCCAUGCAAGAGUCCUUGAGAAUUGCAUUUAUCAAAGAGCAAUAUGAGACAAGGCUACAAGAACUGAAACAGCAGCUAUCUAUCUCCAAAAAGCAUAGUGAAGAAAUGUUGUGGAAGUUGCAAGAUGCCAUUGAUGAGAUCGAGAAUAGGAAGAAAUCUGAAGCUUGUCAUCUGAAGAAAAAUGAAGAACUGGGAAUGAAGAUCUUGGAAUUGGAGGCUGAGUUACAAGCAGUACUUUCAGAAAAGCGUGAGAAAAUGUCUGCCUAUGACUUGAUGAAGGCUGAGAUGGAAUGUUCAUUAAUAAGCUUAGAGUGCUGCAAAGAAGAAAAGCAUAAACUUGAAGCUUAUUUGCAAGAAUGCAAUGAGGAAAAGUCUAAAAUUGCAGUUGAACUUGCACAGAUGAAAGAGUUAGCAGAGAAUUCCAAAUUGGCCAUGAAUAUUCAGGAGGAAGGAAAUGGUGAGUCCUGCAAAGCGUAUUGCCUAUCUUCUGAUGAGUCACUUCCCAGAAAUGUCUGCAUGGAAAAUUCCAUAGCUAAUACUUUAAGCUAUGGAAGAGAAAGUUUAAAUUUAGUUCCUACCAAUGGUCCAACUGGAGACCCGAGUCUGAAGUUCUCGGAACAAGAUACUUCAAGAAAUUUUGAAGAAGCCAAACAUGCAUACCCAGCUUCCAUUAACGAAAUUGACCAAAUAACCACACCAAUGUAUGUGCAAGUUGAGCAGGAUCUUGUAUCUGGUGGUGUGAACGGGAUUCAGAAUUCCAAGCUCCUAAAUCAAGAGAAGUUGCUGAACAGUGACAUGAAGCAUUUAGCUCUUAUCAAUGAUCAUUUUAGAGCUGAAAGUUUGAAAUCUAGCAUGGACCACUUAAGUAAUGAGUUGGAGAGGAUGAAAAAUGAGAAUUCAUUUCUGGAAGAUGAUCAUGAUUUUCAGCAAAAAUUUCCUGCUCUACAAAGAGAACUUGUGCAGUUGGAAAAGGUCAAUGAAGAACUAGGAAGCAUGUUCCCCUUGUUUAAUGAAAUUUCAGGGAGUGGAAAUGCUUUAGAAAGGGUACUUGCAUUAGAAAUUGAGCUUGCUGAAGCUCUGCAGGCAAAGAAGAGAUCAAGCAUCAAUUUUCAGAGUUCUUUCUUGAAACAACACAAUGAUGAGGAAGCAGUGUUCAAAAGUUUUAGAGAUAUAAACGAGUUGAUUAAAGACAUGCUGGAAGUGAAGGGAAGGUGUACAGCUGUGGAAUCCGAGCUGAAAGAGAUGCACGAUCGCUACUCUCAGCUAAGCCUUCAAUUUGCAGAGGUUGAAGGGGAAAGACAGAAACUCAUGAUGACUCUUAAGAAUGUCCGGGCAUCCAAGAAGACCCUACACUUAAAUAGAUCCUCAUCAGCCUCGCUUGGAGACCAUUCCUUGUAGUAAGCCAAGCUUCAAUACUUUCUUGUCUGCAAAGUCUCAGAACUCCCAUCUACCAAGCAAGAAGUCGACAUUUCUUGGAUUGUCACAUAAAUUAUUUAUGUAGAGUAUCUGGCAGCCAUUCGCAGGAUACCAGUUAUUACAGGUGCAAUUUUCAAAUAUAAAAGAGCAUGGUAGGCAUGCCACCAACUUAGAAACAGUUGUAGUUUAUGUAAAUAAAACUGUAUUUGCUGGGUGUUGCUCCCAGUUGUUAGUAUCAUAAGGUAUAGAUACCAGUAACAUUAUGACUUUUUGGGCUCAGCGAUGUAAUUCACUAUACUGUAUAGUAAACCAUAUUCUUUUCAAAAAACAAUUUUGUUUAAUCACAGCAACAAGUGAGAAAAACAUAUUUGGUUCCCCUA